CGCCGCGCGCGGUAGCCUCGUCUCCAACACAUAUUCGCCGUCACCUCCCGGCCACACACACGCUCAAAUCUUUUUCCACUCCUACAAGUACCAGCCCAGCAGCAUAUACGGCAAGAAAACAACUCCUCAUCCUCCUCCUCAUCUUCAUCCUCAUCCUCCUUGCUUGGUGCAUCUCCAUCUCCAUCCAGUAGCAAGCUAGCGAUCUGAGCGCGGGAGAAAGGGAGGUUCUUGGAGCGGCAAAGAUGGUCGGGCCAAUAGUGAUCGCGUCAGCUGGGCUAGGGAUGCUGGCGGGCUUGGCCAUGGCGAACCGGACGGACGGUCUGCCGGCGGCUUCCAGGUGGGACGCGCGGCCGCGCUGCUCCACGUGCAGCGGCACCGGCCGGGAGGAGUGUCUCUGCAACCGCUGGUCCGACGGCGACGUCGGCUGCGGGACCUGCUCUGGGUCCGGCCGCAAACAGUGCCGCAGCUGCGGAGGCUCCGGCACCGGCCGGCCGCUCCCGGCGCGGCUCGUCGUCCAGCAGCAGAGGCUGCCCACCAAGCCCGGGCGGGGCGGAGACUACAACUGAUGUAUUACAUCAGUUCCCCGGCAGGGGAAAUUUACGGUACAAAUUAAGCGCAAGACAACACAAAAGUAUAUAUACAUCUUGUCCAUUCCCGUGGAUGUUAUACGUGCCUUCUUCAGGACGUAGUAGCUCUUGCUCCACCAGAUCAAUCCAUCGAUUGUACUCUGUCGGUCUAUUUAAAUGUGAGUUGAUGCAUGCACUUCAAGGUUCAAGGCCAGUAGUACUAAGAGCAAAGCAACAGCAAGAAUAGAAGAAAAAUUGUACUGCUACAAGAGAUCCAAGUUAAGGUUGGUGAUGCAAAAGCGCCAUCAGGUGCUGCGUAGGUAGAUCAUCAGUUCUUUGUUGGCCUUGGAAGGUUGUCGCUAUUCCUUGUGUAUGUAAUUUUAACACACUUAGAUUCCUUCAUAUAUCUAUAGUCCUUCUUGGUGGUGUUGUGUUGGCUGCUUUGCCUUGUAUAAUAUUUGUAUAGCCUUUGCUAUCUCUCGUUGAUAAAUAAUGAAAAAGGUUGUGUGCACCGGUCGAUGCACAAGCCAGGUGAUGCUCUCA